CGUUGGCAGACUGGUAUCAACCAUUUGGCCUGCAUUAUUAUCUUCUGUGCAGUUGCAUUAUGACAGGUAGGUGCUGUGCUGCGAUGAUCCAAGCUCUCGUUUUGGUUUGGUCCAACGAGGUUCCUUGACGCGAUGCUCCUCUGUCGCUUUUUCGCGACGGCAUCAAUGAAACACCAGCAUAAAUUACGCUGCCGGCUGUUCAAGAUGUCAUACAGUUUUCGAAUCAAAUCCAAUCAUCAAAUUUUCUUUCGUCUCACAGUGUCGCCUGCUUGUGCUUGAACACAGCGAGUCAACACCUAAACUUUGCCCGCGAUAAGAAUUAACAAUGAAGUUUACUCCUGCGGCAGAGGCAGCUCUGCUAAAAUGGGCGAACCUUUUCCCCCUCGAUUCACGAGUUGAGUCUGUGGCAGAUCUGUCUGAUGGCUACGCUCUGUCUAGAAUGCUGGAGGAUAUUGAUCCGCAAUAUGCUGUCCCCAUCCGCGACUUCGAAACUGUCAAAAACAGCAACAGCCCAUCGAAAUGGUUGAUCAAGAAGAAGAACUUGGGGGCAGUGUCCAAGCACCUCUUCCGGUACAUCCAGGAACAAUGCCAAUCACUGAACAGCAUGGCACUCGAAGAUCCCAUAGAUUUCAAUGCAAUAGCCGAGUACAAUGAUGAGCAGAAUACAUACAAGCUCCUUGCCGUAUUCCUAAUGGCCGCCGUCAAAGGAGCUAGAAUCGCAUACUAUGUCGAAACCAUCAUGACCAAACUCGACAAAGUAACGCAAGCCGAAAUUGCAAGCAUUAUACAGACGAUGGAAGAAACGGCGCCUUCGAGUAACACCCCACCAUCGGGUUCUAGCCAUCGACAUGCGGAUCAUGACCUCGCGCUUGAAGAGGAGAUCGCUACCCUUCGAAAAGACCUCGACGAAUCGAUGAAGAAGAAUGCAGACGUCUUCUCUAGGUUGGAUCGCCUGACUGUGAACAACGAUAAUUUACAGAACGAGAUCAAACAGAGAGACGCUACUAUUGAAGCUUUGGAAAGUGCUAGUCGUGGCGAUCAAUCAGAUUAUAUCGUCAACUUGCAGACACAAAUUCAGGAGCAGAAUCAGCUCAUAGAGAGACAAGAAACUCAGGCAGAUAUUGACAAGGAGAUCAAGGAGAGUUACCACAAAGAGCUUCUAUCGUUACGCCCUACAAGAGAAAAACUUGUCGAGGCAGAAGAUAGAUUAAAAGAGCUAACGCAAGCAAAUCUGGAACUCGAAAGAAAGGCUAACCAGGUUGACCAUUUCAAGAGGAAACUGGAACGUCAUGUCGCCAUCGAGAAUGAAAAUCUCAAACUACGAGAUCAAAUAGAAGUGCUUGAAGCUAAUCAAGUUGAUUUCGACAAAGUUCAUGAUGAGAAUGCGAAAGUCAAGAACACGCUGCAGGAAUACCAACGAAAAUUCGAAUCAUACGAGCUUCAGGUCGUUGAGAUUUCCAAUCAGAAGCAUCUUCUCGAGGGCGAACUUCGUCUCCAGACCCUUAGAAUCGAGCAGAUAGCGGAACGGCAGCAACACGACGAGAAAUUCAUUUCCGAUCUGCAAGAACAGUUGAGAACCGGGCCUGCUUCUCCUAACUCUCCAACGACAGCUACUGGUGGCCUGAAUCUUGAACAAGAAUUGGAACAGAGCGAUGACCCAACACGAAACUAUACUCUGGAAAUUUCAAGGUUGAGGAGCGAGAUCAAGGCCUUGAAAGAAGGUGAUCGUAGAACUGACAAUGCUAACAUUCGAGUCGACCUCGCCGAAUCCGAGAGAGUCAGGAAAAGAAUUGAAGAUAAUUUCCGAGAUCUUACAGAGAGAAAUGCCAUUACACAAGAGCAACUUAGUGCGGUUAUCAGUAAUUCAAAGGGCGAAUUGUUAGUACAGCCCACAAAUCAGUUGUCCAUUAUUGGACCACUUCACAUUCUUACAGAAGAUUUUCACAGAAACGAGGCUCUCGCACAUACACGAAAGCUAUAUCUUGAGGCCAGCCAAGAGUUAUCUACCCUUAAAACCAAGCUUUCCGUGGUUCAGAACGAUUUGGCCAGCCGAGACCGCGAAAUAAUGACAGCAAAGGCAGAUUUGAGCGCUAUUGAUCGAGACGAGUUAGACGCUAUCCAAACCCUAAGAACUACCAAUGGGAUCAUCACGACUUCUUUAGAAAACGACCUGCUUGUCCUUCGCAAGCAACAUCAAGAUUUGACAACUGACUUCGAAGUACAGAAAAGUCAGCUACUUGAUACCCUAUUGUCGAAGGACAGACUCAUGCACGACCUUGCUUCACUGAAGGAACGAACAGGUCUUAGCGACCAGGAAACAGUGGAAAGCGCCAAAGCUCGUAGCACGAAAGAAACCGAAUUGGCAGAGCAAAUUACGAAGAAAGAUGCUCUCAUAGAGGAUCUCCAGCGGAAACUCAAAAGUGCAGAAGAUGCAACACCAGAUGCCCAGAAGGCGGCGAAUGAAACCAUGAUCAAGAACCUCGCACGCGAGAAUGCCCUUAUUGCCACGGCUUGGUAUGAUCUUACGAGUCGACUACAAAGCAAUCACGUUGUAUUGCAACGCAGACAAGAUGCUCCGAGGAGCUGGUUAAACAAGCAGAGGCAAAUGGUGCAAGCUACCGGCGGUCGACGGUAAAGCAAAGAGUGACGAUAUUGGCAUGCAUUGUAAGGGGCUCGCGCGGAUGAAUGAAUAGUGUGUUUUCAUUAGCAUUUUGGAGACGGCAUGCAUGGACGGUAUAAAUUCAUGAAGGAAGGCAGGUUUUCCUGAGAAGUUUCUGGAAGGAUAGACGGAUUGGUGGGCUGGACUCAAAGUGUGUUUUAUACCCCCUUAGGCGAUAUUGCUUCUUCAUACACACAGGACUGUUG